CUCUCCUUUCUCCUCUCUCCUCUCUCUUGAUGGCAACCUUGGAAGUGGAAGCUCCAAAAACAGUGACCAAGAAAAUAUCAGAAGAUGAUUCUAUAGACGAAGACGAGCUCUCCCCAAUAGAAGAAGUCCGGCUAACCGUGCCCAUCACAGACGACCCGACGCUCUCAGUAUGGACCUUCCGAAUGUGGUUCCUGGGUCUACUCUCCUGCGUACUCCUCUCAUUCCUCAACCAGUUCUUCGCAUACCGCAGAGAGCCACUCAUCAUAACCCAGAUCACCGUCCAGGUGGCAACACUCCCAAUCGGACGGUUCAUGGCCGCUGUGCUUCCCACAGCCCAGUUCCACCUUCCGGGGUUCGGGUCAAGAAAGUUCUCUCUUAAUCCGGGUCCGUUUAACAUGAAGGAGCAUGUUCUUAUUUCCAUAUUUGCUAACGCCGGAAGUGCUUUUGGGAGUGGGUCAGCUUAUGCCGUUGGGAUUGUUAAUAUCAUUAAGGCCUUCUAUGAGAGGAGUAUUUCUUUCAUAGCUAGUUGGCUUCUCAUCAUUACUACGCAGGUUUUGGGAUAUGGUUGGGCUGGCCUCCUAAGGAAGUACGUGGUUGAACCGGCACACAUGUGGUGGCCUAGCACCCUCGUCCAGAUCUCACUUUUCCGUGCCCUCCAUGAAAAAGAAAAUGAAGAUGGCAUGGAAGAUGCUGCACAUACACAUGACAAGAAGCAGCGAAUGUCGCGGUCAAAGUUUUUUGUGGUUGCACUAACAUGUAGUUUCUGCUGGUACUUGUUCCCAGGUUACUUCUUCCAAACACUUCAAAGCAUCUCAUGGGUGUGCUGGGCAUUUCCAAACUCAGUCACUGCCCACCAAUUAGGUUCAGGCUUUAGUGGUCUAGGACUUGGAGCUCUCACUCUGGACUGGUCAGCAGUAGCAUCCUUCUUGUUUAGCCCUCUCAUUUGCCCAUUCUUUGCCAUUGCCAAUGUCUUUGUAGGCUAUGCCUUGAUCAUUUAUAUAGUCAUUCCUAUCUCUUACUGGGGGUUUAAUGUGUACAAUGCCAAAACAUUUCCAAUAUUUUCGGCAGACUUGUUCACUGCACAAGGUCAGGAAUAUAACAUUACAAAUAUUGUCAAUAAUAAGUUUGAGCUGAAUCAAGAACAGUAUGAUAUUCAAGGAAGAAUCCACUUGAGCAUGUUCUUCGCUCUCACGUAUGGAUUUGGAUUUGCCACCAUUGCAUCUACACUUACUCAUGUUGCCUUGUUCUAUGGAAGGUAA